UUUUUAAUUGAGAUUCAAUGAACCACCAAACCCACCAACCUAAUUCCCCUUCAUAAAUACUACGAUUUAUACACACACUAACACACACUCAGGUCUCCUUCGCCAGUCAUCUCCCUCAGUAUAUUACCAAGAGAAAGAAGAAAGAAAAGGUGAAACAAAGCAAGAGACAAGAUGACGAUCUCUAUGUCCGCCGCCGCCGCCACUACCCCUCUUCCAAAAUUCAACCCCGCCAUUACCAAAACCCAAAUCGCGGCGUUUCCCGCCACCCUCUGCCAUACUCCCAGAGAAUGUCCUCCUCAAGGCCCAAUCUGAGCUCUACAACUGGCGUGGUUCCGGCAUGUCCGUCAUGGAGAUGAGCCACCGUGGGAAGGAAUUCCUGUCCAUCAUCCAAAAGGCUGAGUCGGAUCUCCGGACCCUUCUCAAUAUUCCGUCUGAAUAUUCCGUCCUCUUCCUUCAAGGUGGCGCCACCACCCAGUUCGCCGCCAUCCCGCUCAAUCUCUGCAAACCUGAUGAUGACGUUGAUUACGUGAUCACGGGAUCUUGGGGGGACAAGGCUUUCAAAGAAGCUGCCAAAUAUUGCAAGCCCAGAUCCAUUUGGAGCGGAAAAUCUGAAAAAUACACCAAGAUCCCGAGCUUUGACUCCCUUGAGCAGACGCCCGGUGCCAGGUAUUUGCAUAUUUGUGCCAAUGAAACCAUUCACGGGGUUGAGUUCAAGGAUUACCCUAAGCCCGCUAGUGAAAAUGAGGUGCUUGUGGCUGAUAUGUCGUCAAACUUUUGCUCGAAGCCGGUAGAUGUGAGUAAAUUUGGGGUGAUCUACGCCGGAGCGCAGAAAAAUGUGGGUCCAUCUGGGGUUACAAUUGUGAUCAUAAGAUCGGACUUGAUUGGAAAUGCUCAGCCAGUUACUCCCGUGAUGCUGGAUUACAAGAUCCACGCGGAUAACAAUUCUUUGUACAACACACCACCAUGCUACGGGAUUUAUAUGUGCGGGCUCGUGUUUGAGGACCUCAUUGCGCAGGGUGGAUUAAGCGACGUGGAGAAAAAGAAUGCGAGCAAGGCAGGUAUUUUGUAUGACGCCAUUGAUGGCAGCAAAGGGUUCUACAGGUGCCCUGUGGAGAAGAGUGUGAGGUCGCUGAUGAACGUGCCGUUUACUUUGGCGAAGCCAGAGUUGGAGGCAGAGUUUGUGAAGGAAGCAGCCAAAGAAAAGAUGGUGCAGCUCAAGGGCCAUAGAUCUGUUGGCGGCAUGAGGGCUUCCAUAUACAAUGCUAUGCCUUUGGCUGGAGUUGAGAAGCUGGUAGCUUUCAUGAAGGAUUUCCAGGCCAGUCACGAUGGUUAAAAAAUGGGUACUUUUUUGUUUUCUUGCUUUUAAAUUCAAGUUGUGGAAUCGUGGCAUUGUUUAGAUUAUGCAAUCCCUUUGAUAGUUCAUCCUUAUUGAUUUUGCCAAACUUGUGAGAUUCCGUCGCGACAAUUAACUGUAUUUGGUUGAUUGAGGUCCAGCAACACGUAAGAGUCUUAGUUAUUGUUGUUGAUCUGUAAGAAAAAUUAAAUGAUUGAAUGGUGAUAAUUCACAGUCUUAUAAGUAUUA